GACAACGCUCGACGCUCACUUUCCCCCACCGAGGCGCCGACUUUCCUCCUCGUCGUCUUCACCGUUGUCUUUGUGCUCUUCUUCAUCGUUGAGGAAUCGCGACGAGCGUCGUGCGAAAUGGGCGAAUGGGAUCUUCUGGGCCGCCUGCUGGACAAAGUGCAGUCGCACUCCACCGUCAUCGGGAAAGUCUGGCUCACGGUCCUCUUCGUCUUUCGUAUCCUGAUCCUGAGUACGGGUGCCGACAGGGUGUGGGGCGACGAGCAGUCGGACUUCGUGUGCAACACGCGGCAGCCGGGCUGCGAGAACGUGUGCUACGACCACGCUUUCCCCAUCUCGCACGUGCGCUUUUGGGCCCUGCAGAUCAUCGCCGUGGCAACGCCCAAGCUGCUCUACCUGGGAUACGUCCUCCACGUCAUCCACGUCGAGAAGAAGUUGAAGGAGCGCAUGCGGAAGCAGGCCGAGCUGGACGACCAGACUUUGUUGUUCCUGCAGCGCAGCUUCAAGAUGCCAAAGUACAUCAAAAGCAGCGGAAAGGUAAGCAUCCGUGGACGCCUCCUGCGUGCCUACGUGAUCCACCUGGUGGCCAAGAUCUUCCUGGAGCUGGCGUUCGUGGUUGGCCAGUACUUCCUGUACGGCUUGAAGCUGGAUGCCCGCUACGUGUGCUCGCGCUCGCCGUGCCCCCACCAGGUGGACUGCUUCCUGUCUCGGCCCACCGAGAAGUCGCUGAUCAUCUGGUUCAUGCUGGGGGCCGCCUCGCUUUCGCUGGCCUUGUGCGUGGUCGAGCUGCUCUACCUGUGCGUCAAGGCGGCCAAGGAGUGCGUGGCCCGGCGGCGAGACUACACCGUCACGCCCGUCACGCCCGUCACGCCCGUCACGCCGGCGCCGCCCGCCGCCCAGAGGAAGGCGUACGUGGCGAGGGACGACGCCAUGAUGCAAAACGGCUUCAACGUGGAGCUGGAGAUGCAGGGACGCAAGUUUGGCGUCGGUAGGGCCAAUGAGAAGGCGGGAAAAGGGUCGCCGGGUAGAACGGGGGAGGUGCAUAUCUGAACUGUAUGCGAGUGUGUGCGUGUGUGUGGGUGUGUGAUGUGCCCCUGUGUAAAAGUGCGGUGGAUGCUUGCAGAUUUGUACCGUAUCAUUUUUGAGGAGUCAUUUUGAUGAAAGCGAAAAAGUGCGGGUGUACCACCAUUCACCAGAAAGAGUGUGGGUGUGCGCCACCACUGAGCAGAUUUGUUAGGGUUGUAGCAAGUUACCAACUGGUGCCGGUUUGAUAUUGCUAAUAGCGGGAAAAGUGUGGGUGUUAAAGCAUUUCAGCAGAAUCUUUUGUUUUUAAAAAGCAUGGGUGAUGAUACACCUGCAUCCCUCAUGGGUGUGCCACCCCUCUGCAAAAGUCUGGGGGAAGUGCUUACCAUACAUUUCUUUCGUAAUAUUGAGGAAAAACAAGAAAAAAGAAAAGUGCGGGUGUUCAACCAUCUCAACGGAAAGUGUGGGUGUUGACGCCCUAUCAAAAUUGUGCAGGUUGUACCGUAACAUUUUCAAGUUGCCAACUGGAGGGGAGGGGUGAUAUUGCUAGCAGUGGGAAAAGUGUGGGUGUUGAAUCCUUUCACUAGGAGAAAAUGUGUCUGUCUUUUUUUCCCCAAAAAUUCAAAUACAACUGUAAUCAUUGAUGAAAUUGUUUCGCUUCUUU